UCCCCUCCACUGACAGACACGCGCCAGAGCUUGGACAUAACAGACGCUACGUUGCUGAAGAGUUGGUGGCUCGCUCCAUUCAAACGCAAGCAUAAAGGAAAAAUUUUCUUGUUGCGGAGUCGGCCAUCUUGGUUGAAGAAAAUUUUGAGUGUGCAUCACAGUCAGUGCGCCCAAAGGGAGAAAAAAAAACUUCAAGUGAAGCCGAUUUUCGGUGUGCGGUGUGUUUGAUUACAGUGAUUCAGUGAAACUCGGUUGUAAUUAACUGUUCGUUGGAAAAUGGGUGAUUAUCAUCACGAUUCGCUUGGAGCUACCCAGCUCGAUAUGGGCGGCAAUCCGGGAAUGGUGCUGCGGCGUGCCUUCGAUCCGACCGCCCACGACCUAGAGGCUUCGUUCCGAUUGACGCGCUUCGCCGAUCUGAAAGGCCGCGGCUGCAAAGUGCCCAAGGAUGUACUGGAGAAGUUGGUCUCGUCGCUGCAGCAGGAUUACACCCAGGAUCCGGAUGCGGCCUACCUGUCCAUGUCCUCGCCGCGCAUCGGAAUCGGUCUGGAUUGUUCGGUGAUUCCGCUGCGGCACGGUGGCCUCUGCAUGGUCCAGACGACGGACUUCUUCUACCCGAUUGUGGACGAUCCGUACAUGAUGGGCAAAAUCGCCUGUGCCAACGUCCUGAGCGAUCUGUACGCCAUGGGAGUGACCGAGUGCGACAACAUGCUGAUGCUGCUCGCCGUCAGCACCAAAAUGACCGAGAAGGAGCGCGAUGUGGUCAUUCCGCUGAUUAUGCGAGGAUUCAAGGAUUCCGCUCUAGAGGCCGGUACGUCCGUGACUGGAGGUCAAAGCGUUGUCAACCCCUGGUGCACGAUCGGAGGAGUUGCGACCACCAUUUGCCAGCAAAAUGAAUUCAUCGUCCCGGACAAUGCCGUCGUGGGCGAUGUGCUAGUCCUGACCAAGGCCCUCGGAACUCAAGUGGCCGUCAACGCUCACCAAUGGCUCGAUCAGUCGGAACGCUGGAACCGCAUCAAGCUGGUCGUCUCCGAAGAGGACGUUCGCAAAGCCUACCAUCGAGCGAUGGACUCCAUGUCCCGGUUGAACCGAAUCGCCGCUCGGUUGAUGCACAAGUACAACGCCCACGGAGCCACGGAUAUCACCGGAUUCGGUCUGCUCGGUCACGCCCAAACGCUGGCCUCCCAUCAGAAGAACGACGUAUCUUUCGUCAUCCACAACCUGCCGGUGAUCGCGAAAAUGGCCGCCGUAGCCAAGGCCUGCGGUAACAUGUUCCAACUGCUGCAGGGCCACUCGGCGGAAACUUCCGGAGGAUUGCUGAUCUGCUUGCCACGUGAACAGGCCGCCGCCUACUGCAAGGACAUCGAGAAGCAGGAAGGAUGCCAAGCAUGGAUCAUUGGCAUCGUCGAGAAGGGCAAUCGCACCGCUCGAAUCAUCGACAAACCACGAGUGAUCGAAGUUCCCGCUAAAGAGUAAGAUCUCUCAAUCUAGCGUUCUUUCCUUCUUUCAUUAUAAAGUUUUUGACGAAUCCGACCGACAAAGGAUUAUCUGUUAAGAUAUUCUACUGUAAGUUUGAACAAUUCCACAAUCUGCUGAAGUAAAACUACACCUAAUGAUCACAAUCACUGGGCAGAGAAUAUGUUUUUACACGGUUUUAUUAUAUUCUAUUUUUGAUUCAAAUCCUAAUUUCCUUGUUCAAUAACAAAUGAUGUUUGAUUCAGUAAUAAUGUACACUUCAUUGCACAAUAUUUUUGAAUCAAAAGUAGAAUAUUCAGAACCGGAAAACAACUAUUUUCUGCAUCAUUUGAGCUCUUUUUAUCUGUAGAAAGUAAGAAAGAUUCUUUAUAAAACUUAAGUUUCUAUUAGUGUUUUAUCAGAGUGAAAAUAAGCAAGCCAGUCAAGAAUGUAAGAGCAAGAGACAGACAAGCAGAAGUGUAACAAACAAAAUAGACGUAAGUUCAUUUAACAUUUUGUUUUCUCCUAAAUCCAACUGUAUCACCGGUAUAAAUAUCUAUUGAUUAAAAAUAUAAAAUUUACUGUGGUGAGCACGCAAGCCAAUUGCGAGCACAUGCAUAAUAUAAAUUUUUCGUUUUAUGAAAAAGCAUUCAAAUAUAUUUUCAAAAAAAAAACUGCGAUUGCAGGCAAAAAACUUUUUUAGGCGAUAGAAUAUGGAAAUAAUAAAUUUAAUCAAAACA